AUGCAGCCCCCGGCCCUCGAGGGGCUCCUGGCUCCGGGCGGCGCCUUCGGGGCCGCGCAGCCCCGGCCGCUCCUUCCUCCCGCUCCUCCUCCUCCUCCUCCUCCUCCCGGUGCUGCUCCCGGUACCGGGAUGAACCCCGGCUUCCCCCCGGAGCCGGAGCCGCCCAAGGCCCCGCCGGGCUCGGCCCCGCUGCCCUACGGCUGCUUUGGCAGCGGCUUUUACCCGUGCCGGGUGGGCCGGGGCUCGCUCAAAGCCGGCCCGAGCCCCCCGGGACCCUUCCCGGGCACCGCCGAGAAAUUCCUGGAGCCGCCCGCGGGCACCGAGGAGUUCCAGAGCCGCCCGGCCGAGUUCGCCUUUUACCCGGGUUACGGCGCCCCGUACCCGCCCGUGUCCGUGCCGGGCUACCUGGACGUGCCCGUGGUGCCCGCGCUGGGCGAGGCGCGGCCCGAGGCGCUGCUGGGCCCGGACGGGGCCUUCGGGGGCUGCGCUCAGCCCUGGGCGCUGGGAACGGGCUGGGCCGGCCAGCGGUGCUGCCCCAAGGAGCAGGGCCCGGCCGCGUUCCUGCUCAAACCGCACUUCGCAGGUACCGAGGGCACCGAGGGGUUAAACCGGGCGGGGAUGGGGGGCCUGGGCUCUGCGGUUAACGGGAACCGGGUUUAG